AUAUGGGCUGAUGAUGAAAAAAAACUACACAGAGUACUUAAACACCAAAGAGAGGUUGAUAUACUAUGUUGGUCACCUUCCAUCUCCAAUAUAAAACUUCUUGCAACAUCAACAAAAGAUAAACAAAUAUCUAUUUGGAAUGCAGAUAGUGGAGAAUGUCUACAUACUGCUAAUCAAUUAUCUAAACCGAUCAAAUAUAUUUCCUGGCGUCCAGAUGGUGAAUGGAUAGCGUAUGGUUCGACUGAUUCGGUUGUAAGGUUCCUUUCAAUAAAGGACGAUAUUAUCACUCUUAAAAAAUCCUAUUCUGCUCCAUUUGCUAUCAUUGGCUUGGAUUGGAAUUGCAACAAAAUCUUUAAAUUGCUUUGUAAAUUUUUCAUUUCUAAAUAUGAUUUAUUUGUAAAUUAUAAAAAUUACGAAAAUUAUGAAUGA